AUGCCCAUUGAAAAGCAAGAAACAUCUUCAUUUUCCGAUAUCAGCACGUCUCGUGGAGUUUUCCACUCUGAGGAAGAAGUGUUGCUAGCAUCAAGUUGUCCGAAAAAGCGCGCUGGCCGCAGAAUAUUCAGGGAGACCCGCCACCCGGUUUUUAGGGGUGUUCGGAGGAGGAAUGGUAACAAAUGGGUGUGUGAAAUGCGGAAACCCAACAAGAAGUCACGAAUAUGGUUAGGAACUUAUCCUACACCAGAAAUGGCAGCACGGGCCCAUGAUGUUGCUGCUUUGGCACUUAGAGGCAAAUCUGCUUGCCUUAACUUCGCUGAUUCUGCUUGGAGGUUGCCUGUGCCAGUUUCGAUGGAUGCCGAGGAUAUUAGAAGGGCAGCGAAUGAGGGAGCAGAAUUAUAUAGGCCUCAAGAGUUCGGUGGUGAUCCGGCAAGACAACAAAAUAGCAAUGCAGUAAUAGAGAAUUACUCAAGUGAAGUUUGCAGAGAUGACUGCAAAACUUUCCCAGAUAAUGAUGUCUUCUUUGAGGAGGCAGUGCUUGACAUGCCAGGGCUGCUUGUAGACAUGGCAGAAGGUCUUCUACUUUCUCCUCCACGUUAUGUUCGGAAUGAUAGUAUUGACUGGGAUCAUAUGGAGAAUGAUUCUGAUAUGUCAUUAUGGAUUCAUGGUAUCUGUCUCCGGCGUCUCGUCUAA